AUACCCACAAAAGCAGCCAGCUUCAGCUCUGUAGGGUAGCUGGGAAGUGCCAGGCCCUGCCAACUUGGAGGCACAGCAGCGGGGCCAACUUCUUGCGAAUAUCGUCGUCGUCGCCCUUCUUCUUUAUUUUUCAACCUCUAUUACGCAUCCUACACUCUUUUCCCCAACGCUUUCUCCACGGGCGGUCCCCUCUGUGCGUACUUGAAGUAAUCUAUGGCGUCGCCAAUACCGUCGCUGUACGAAGCGCCCAAACCCGGGAAGGCUACACUUCACUCGACUUUCAAUGUCGACUAUGUCAUUGACUACCGCUUUGCGACUACGGACCAGGCCGAGGCCGAAGCUGCAUUUUCGAAGCUAGUAGACGCGCUGGCUCGUGUUGGGCUCGAUACCGAAGUCCGCAAUGGUGACAACUGCGCCGUCCUGGUAUUCGUUCGAAUCUCCUCUCCCCGCCAUCUGGACGCGGAAAUAUACAGGGCAAGAGUUCAAGACUGGCUGUAUGGCGUGCGAACCGCUGCCCCAGAGAAGGAUAUACAGAAAGCCAUAUCUGAAGAGCCUAUUACUGAAGCGGAACGUCUGCGCCUGGUAUAUCUUCUCAUCACCAAACCCAACAGUGAAGGCGGUGCUGGAAUUACACCCAAGAGGGGAGAGUGGGCGAACGUGGAAUCCGUCUUCGCGCUCCAUGACCACCAGUUCAAUAAGAAAUGGAUUACAGAAUGGUCAACGAAAUACGUUCUCGACAUUAAGGACUUGACGGUCGUCCGCGAUCGUUUCGGCGAGAAGAUUGCGUUUUAUUUUGCCUUCUUGCAAUCGUAUUUCAUGUUUCUCGUCUUUCCCGCUGCCUUUGGUUUCACAUCCUGGGUCGUCCUGGGUCACUACUCCCCAAUAUAUGCCGUCGUCAACUGUUUAUGGUGUGUUGGUUUUGUUGAAUACUGGAGAAAGCAAGAGGUCGAUCUGGCUUUCCAAUGGAACGUCACAGGCAUUGGAAAAAUACAGUUGAAGCGACCAGAGUUCAGACAUGAGAGGGAAUUUACGGAUCCAGUUACUGGGGAGAAGAUGAGGACCUACUCUCCAUUCAAGCGACUGGCGAGACAGGCGCUGCAGGUUCCAUUUGCAAUAGUCGCGGCCGUUGUUCUAGGCUCGUUGAUUUGCACAUGUUUCAGCAUCGAGAUCUUCAUCUCGGAAAUUUACGCAGGGCCAUUCAAGUCAUAUCUCGUCUUCCUACCAACGGUAAUUCUGACAGUCUUCAUGCCGGCACUGUCGUCUAUGCUCACCGGAUUUGCCUCAAGGCUCACCGACAUUGAGAACUAUGAGACGACAGAUGCAUAUGAAUCUGCAAUGAUUCAGAAGAUAUUCGUCUUGAACUUCAUCACGUCGUAUCUGCCAAUUAUCCUGACAGCAUUCGUCUAUGUCCCAUUCGCAUCUGUUCUGGUGCCAUAUCUCGAUGUGUUCCAGUUAACUGUCAAGCCGUUUGCUGAGAAUGCAAAGCAGAUGACUGCCCCCAAGUCUGGCUUUGAGAUCAACCCAGACAGGCUCAAGAAGCAGGUCAUCUACUUCACCGUCACCGCACAGAUCGUGAAUCUCGCGCUCGAAGUCAUCGUGCCAUACGUCAAGCGCCGCGUAUUCCGCAAGGUGAAGGAAGUCCAAGCCAACUCCACCAGGAAGAGCGAGCGCAAACAAGACCACACCGUCAGCGAUCUCCCCGAGGAACACGACUUCCUCACUCGUGUCCGCAAUGAAGCUGAACUCGGCGUGUACGAUGUCGCCACCGACUUCCGCGAGAUGAUCGUGCAGUUCGGCUACCUCUCGCUCUUCUCUGUUGUCUGGCCACUCACUGCAGUCUCUUUCCUCAUCAACAACUGGAUCGAGCUGCGCUCUGACGCGCUCAAAAUCACCAUCGAGACCCAGCGCCCGAUCCCAUGGCGCGCCGAUUCCAUCGGACCUUGGAUCGACUCUCUUGGCUUCCUCGCCUGGUUUGGCAGCCUCACGACGGCAGCGCUUGUGUACCUCUUCUCCGGCGACGGAAUGGGAACAGAUGGGAGCCCCCGCCAGCUCGCUGGCUGGGCUCUGCUUCUCACCAUGUUCUUCGCGGAGCACAUCUUCCUCGCCGUGCAGUUCGCCGUGCGCUACGGGCUAUCGAAAAUCGACUCCCCUGGCCAACAGAAGCUGCGUCGCGAGCGCUUUUCCAUCAGGAGGAAGUACCUCGAGGAGGCUCUGGGGAAGGCGGACGCAGACCGGUUUGUGGGUGAGAGCUUUACUGCCGGAGAAAAGAUUGAUAGGAGGACUCUUGAAGAUGAGGCGAGACGCUCGACCCUGACGGGCCAAGGAACCGCUGAGGACCGGUUCUGGGCAAGGCAGAGGGGUCCGGCAGAGACGAUAGGGGUUGGGAGGCGGCUGAUUGCUGAGCAGGGCGCUGCACUGAAGGUGGACAAGAAGAACCAGUGAGUGAGUGACAGCUCCGGAGAAGAUGGUUAAGGAGCGAAGUCACUCCGGCAUUUGUGCCCGCCACGUGGGGCGGUGAGAGUCGCGUGGGAAAGGGGAGGAAGGGGGGAGAGCCGGGAGCCGGAGCUCCAGGGG